AUGAUUAUGGAGUCUAGUAGUCCAGAUGACAGGGAUAUAAAGACCCAUGUCUCAAAAAAGGGAGGAAGUAAAAGGAAAGGCCGUAUUGCAACGGGAAAUAGGGAAUCUGCCCGUGUACCAUUAAAGCCAGUAGAGCUUCAUGUGGCCCAGCUCUGUGGGCGCAACUAUAUUGAGGGUGCCCCCGAGCUGGCUGAUGGUUUGUCAGAGAACCAUGAAGUGCAAGAUCUGUUCGCCUCUGGUGGUGUUGCUGAUGGUAACAUUGUCGAUGACGUAAUGGAGGCCCAUAAAGUAUAUGGGGGUGAAGUUCCUAUCUAUGUAGUGCAUGACAAUGAUGACCUCAAUAAUACAACAAGCGACAACCUUGUUGUUCCUGUGCCAGCUGGGCAUGCUGAGGAAAUUGCUGCUCCUGAUAACAAUCCUGACUCUGAGCAAGAGAUGGACCAAUCAACUCCAGCAAGGGUUCCUCCCAGAAAGAGAUAUAGCAGAAGCACUAAAGAUGCAGGCGGAGGCCUCUAAAAUGAACGCAGAGACCUCUCGCCUGCAAGCCAAUGCUCCGCAAAUGAUAGCUGAAAACGACAGUGCAAGACUGCAACUUGAUGCUGA